AAUUUCAAUCAAUAUAUUAAUAAAAAGGGAAGUUUUCUGUAAAAUUAAAAAAGCCUGAAAUAAAAAACUACCGUAGCUAGGUACUCCGAAAAAAAUCAAUUAACUUAGAUAUAUGUGAGUCAACCCAUGAAUAUAUCGUAACAUUCUCGAAAACUGAAAUUGAUAUUGAUAUAAGUUUUCAGUUAUGAAUGUACAGGCGGCAAUUAUAGCUGCUUUUGUUGCAGUAUUUGCUGCUCAAUUUUUGACAACAGAAGCCAGAUUUUACUCAAAAUCGACCAAGAAAUCUUCUUUUGAUGACGAAUUCAUACGCGAUCUUACAACUUCACUUGCUAUUCCAGUGAUUCUUUUAACUGAGACUUCAUCAUUCUACUUGAGUGGAGAAUUCAAUGAAAACAUUCUAACAAUUGUUCAAAUUGAUUCAAGUGAGUUAAUACUUCAAAAACUUUCGGAACACCUUCAACAUCUUCGAUUUUGUAAGACAAUUUUCGUGCUGAGCAGUUCUUCAAGAAAUGAUUUCGCACUGAAGAGGGUUUUCACUUUUUGUUGGAAGCAUAGAAUGGUCAAUGUGAUAGCAGUUUUUCAUGACUUCUGGAAUUCUUCGACUUUCUACAGCUACAGAAAUUUAAGAGAUCUUACAAUUGAAAAAUUCAUCUGGAACAAAAAGAAAAUAGUUAUUUUUCCAAAUCGAAUGAAUAACCUUCAGGGAAUUCAGUUCCCAGUUCUUUUUGAACGAGUAGAUUCAGGUGUAAUCAUCAAAGUAAACUCUAAGGGUGAACCGAUAUUUGGUGGUUUUAUGGGAAAUAUUUUCAGUUCUUUUGCGGAGAAGAUCAAUGCUAGAUUGGAUAUGUCAAACGUAAACACUUCAUUGCCACCGUAUAGUGCUCAUGAGCUUGUCCUCAAUGGAACAAUUGAGAUGUCAAAUAGUGAAAUGAUGUUGUUGCCCAUUAAAUGGCACUCAUAUCCCAUUGCCAUGUUUGAUUGGAGUGUGAUGGUGCCUGUGGAGUCAACUGUUCCUAUUUACAAAGUGUUUGCAUUUGUUUGCAAUUGGGAUGCUUUUGCAAUAUCAAUUUUGGUUCUCAUUUUACUGUCUGUAUCACUUACAGCUACCAACAGGUUUUCAGGAUCAAGUUAUGACUUUUUCUUCAACACUGAUUGUUUUCGUGGCAUGCUUGGACAGUCUUUACCUCAAGCACCUCAGGCCUCCUGCAGCACAAAAAUUAUUUAUUCGCUGAUUUUUUUGUUUGGAAUUAUGAUGGUUACUUCAUUCAAUGCAUUUCUGCAGUCCUUUAUGACCCAACCACCAAGAGAAAGAAUCAUAAAAUCAUUCGAUGAUCUGCAAGAAUCUGGUUUGAAAAUAUUACUUCAUAAAGUCGAUAUCGAUAAUUUGUUCAAAAUGAGACCCAAUCUUAUGAAAAAAUAUUCAAAUCUUUUCCAAAUUGAAACGAAUUACGUGGCUUUGAAAGAACUGCGUAACAGUCUUAAUACCAACUAUGCCUUUGCUGUAACUGGAAUUAGUUGGAUGAAUUAUGAAAAUCAGCAAAAUUUCUUUAAUCGAAAAUUAUUUCGGUGGUCUGAAGAAAUGUGCUUUGUAAAAAAUAGACUAAUGGGAAUUUUAAUGAAUGAAAAUUCAAUUUACAAAAAGAUUUUGAAUUUUCAUAUCUUAGAAAUACAAUCAAGUGGAUUGUUAGAUUUCUGGAUGAAGAAGUCAUUUUUUGAAUUACUUGGUACUGGACAAAUUAAAAAGUUAGAUAUUGAUUUUGAUUCUAAAUUACAAUCACUGAGAGUUGAAGAUUUGAAAUGGAUUUUUAAAUUGAUGGGAUUAUCAUUGGCGGUUGCUGCUAUCAGCUUUAUUGGAGAAUUUGUGUUUUCAAAUGGAAACAAAUUUGCUGGUUGUUUUAGAAAAUAAAUUAAAAAAGUGUUAAUAUUUGAUUUGAAUGUGAAUU